AUGACAACCUGUGGAAGCAACAAGGCGGCUGUAAAGUUCGAAAGAUUGCCGACAUUUGCUGAACCAACUCAUUAUAACAUCAAGUUGGUUCCGAAUUUCGAGCAAUUUACAUUUGAUGGAAAUGUUGAUAUUAAUGUGACUAUCAAAGAAGCAACUGAUAUUCUUAAACUUCAUUCACAAUCUUUGAAUAUUCGAAAUGUUGCAAUAACUCUUGCUGAUGGAACCAGUUAGUUUUACCCAUGAAUAUAUGUAUUCAAAAUUCUAUCUUAAAUUGUUUUUUUUUUCAGAAUCUGCAAAUUUGGGAACAUCUUAUGAUGAUAAACUUAAUAUUCUAACUAUCAAUUUGCCAUCAAAAAUUGCUCCACAAAAUGCUGUUUUGAACUUCGAAUAUGUUGGAGAAUUGAAUGAUAAAAUGCGUGGAUUCUAUAGAAGUAGUUAUAAAGAUGCAUCUGGAACUGAAAAAUUCCUUGCUUCAACACAAUUCGAAUCAACUUAUGCUCGUCUUGCUUUUCCAUGUUGGGAUGAACCAAUUUAUAAAGCAACUUUCGAUGUUGUUCUUGAAGUUGCUCCAGGAUUGACUGCUUUGUCAAAUAUGAAUGCAGUUUCAACUACAACAACUUCUGAUGGAAAAAGACAAGCUGUUAAAUUCGCUACUUCACCAAAAAUGUCAUCUUAUUUAGUAGCUUUUGCUGUUGGAGAACUUGAAUAUAUUAGUGUAAGUGUUUAAGAAUAAAUUAUCCAUACAAAAACUAUCAAUUUCUAGGCUCAAACCAAAAGUGGCGUCGAAAUGCGUGUUUACACUGUUCCAGGCAAAAAAGAACAAGGUCGAUUCAGUCUUGAUUUAUCUGUCAAAGCUAUUGAUUGGUACAAUGAAUGGUUCGAUAUUCCAUAUCCAUUGCCAAAAUGCGAUUUGAUUGCUAUCCCAGAUUUUAGUAUGGGAGCUAUGGAAAAUUGGGGAUUGGUCACAUAUCGUGAAAUCGCAUUGCUCGUUGAUCCAGGAGUCACCUCAACUCGCCAAAAAUCGAGAGUUGCACUCGUAGUUGCUCACGAAUUGGCUCAUUUGUGGUUCGGAAAUUUGGUCACAAUGGUAAGAUGUUUUUUCAUCCAUUUUCUAUUUAUUUUUUGACUCUCUCUCUCUCUUAUCUAAAGAUGAGUUAGGAAAAGUUUGAAAAUCCUCACUGAACCUGAAAAACUUGUUUUUAGUACUAUUGUUUACAAAAAGUUAGAAAUCUAACCUCCCAAUCAGUUUUUCAUCUCACAAAAAGUAUAUUCUUGAUGAAAAAUAAUAUUGUGAUAAAAUCUUGAUAACAUUUUUUAUUGCAAAAUUCUUCCGGAAUGCUUUCCGGUGUAAAUUUCAACCUUUUUUGGAAAUUAAAUUUCGUGAUAACCUUUUUCGAAAUGAUUCAAAUUUUAGUAAAGUCAUGAUUUUCAAAAUUACUCUUAUUCAUAGUUGAAAAAAAACACUUCACAUAUAAUUCACUCAUAUAUUGUCUGGAUAAAUUUGAAUUUUGAAAUAAUUGAUUUUAUUUCAGAAAUGGUGGACAGAUUUGUGGCUCAAGGAAGGAUUUGCAUCAUUCAUGGAAUACAUGUUUGUUGGUGCUAACUGCCCAGAAUUCAAAAUCUGGCUUCAUUUUGUGAAUGAUGAAUUGGCUUCUGGAAUGUCACUCGAUGCUUUGAGAAAUUCGCAUCCAAUCGAAGUUGAAAUCGAUAAUCCAAAUGAGCUUGAUGAAAUCUAUGAUUCAAUCACUUAUGCUAAAUCAAAUUCAGUCAAUCGAAUGCUUUGUUAUUAUUUAUCGGAACCAGUUUUUCAAAAAGGACUUCGUCUUUAUUUGAAGAAAUUCCAAUAUUCAAAUGCUGUUACUCAAGAUUUAUGGACUGCUUUGAGUGAAGCAUCGGGACAAAAUGUGAAUGAUUUAAUGUCUGGAUGGACACAACAAAUGGGUUUCCCAGUUGUAAAAGUAUCACAAAAACAAGAUGGAAAUAAUCGAGUAUUGAAAUUGGAACAAAGAAGAUUUAUAAGUGAUGGAGGUGAAGAUAAUGCAAAUAGUUUAUGGCAAGUUCCAAUUACUGUAUCUGUUGGAAGUAAUCCAAAUGAUGUGAAAGCAAGAUUUGUAUUGAAACAAAAAUCACAAGAAUUUGUUGUUGAAAAUGUUGCACCAGGAGAAUGGUUGAAAUUGAAUGCUGGAACAACAGGAUUUUAUCGAGUUGAAUAUUCAGAAGAAAUGUUGAAAGAUAUGUUACCAGCAAUUGCUAGUAGACAAAUGCCAGUUCUUGAUAGAUUUGGAUUAAUUAAUGAUUUAUCUGCUUUGCUCAAUUCAGGACGAGUUAAUAUUGAUCAAUUCGUAAAUGUUGCUGCUUCUUCAGUUUUUGAAGAUGAAUAUGUUGUUUGGGGAGCAAUUGAUGAAGGAUUGGCUAAAUUCUUAUCAUCUUCAAGACAUAUUUCAGCUGAAACUAGUGAAAGAGCAAAGAAACUUGUUGUAAAACUUUUCGAAAAAGCUGGAAAUGAACUUGGAUUUGUUGAACAAACUGGAGAAGAUUCUCAAAAAAUGAUGCUUCGAUCAUUGGUUCAAUCAAGAUUAGCUCGAGCUGGACAUCAACCAACAAUUGAUACAUUUUUGAAAAUGUUCAAUGAUCAUGUUGAAAAAGGAACUGUAUUACAUCCAGAUAUUCGAUUGGCUGUUUUUGGAGCUGCAGCUAGAUAUGGUGGAAAAGAUGGAUAUGAUAAAUUAUUGAAAAUUAGAGAAACUACUAGUUUUGGAGAAGUUGAUAGACAAUGUAUUGUUGCAAUGUCACAAACACCUGAUGAAACAUUGCUUGCACAAUUAUUCGAUUAUGGAUUCGGACAGGUUUGUAAUUUUUCGAAGGGUUAGAAAAUUCUAGUUUGGUGGUCCGAAGUUCAUAAAUUCCAAGAUCAUAUAAACCUUCUGAAGUGUUAAAAAUCUCAUCACAAUUUCACCAAUUUUCAGAACAAAGUUCGCGCACAAGAUCAACUCUAUUUGUUCCUCGGAACCGGUUCAACUCAAAUGGGAGUCGAUUAUUCGUGGAAAUACUUCAAGGGAAACAUCAAAUCAUUCUUGGACAAAUACGGCGGAGCCAAUUCAAGCCUCUUCCAAAGAUGCUUGAAAUUCGCUGGAGAGAAUUUUGCAACUGAAGCCAAAGCUGUUGAAUUCCAAGAUUAUUUCUGUAGUUGUCCACAAUUGACAGAUGUUGAUCGACAAACUUUGAACCGGCCAAUUGGACAGGUAUCUUUUUUUGUUCAGUUAUGAUAAAUCGCAAUUUCAAUUUUUACAGACCGUCGAAUCUAUCCGCCUCAAUGCUCGUCUUCUUGAAUCGAAUCGUGCUGCCAUUGAAAAACUUCUCCAACAACACAAUCUUUAA